AUGAUAGCAUACUCUUUCACUUACCUUCGUAUUCUCCCCCAUGUUGAAGAACACUCGCUUACUUCCUGUUUGACGUCCAUCGCUAUUUACGUCCAGUAUGGCGACGUCCUUACGUCAAACCGCCAUGACAGCCUGCAGGGAGAUUCUGUUUAUGCUCUUUAUUUUUGCAGGGAGAAGAAGAAUUUGAUGGAGAAGAUUGAAUCCUACAAAACUUUGAACAGCUCUGUGCCCCAAGCUCGGGUUUUACUUGUUGGACCAGUUGGAGCUGGAAAGUCAAGUUUUUUCAAUUCGUUCAAAUCUAUAUUUAGAGGUCAUGUCACCAGCCAAGCUACGACUGGAAAUAUAAUAGGCACCACCACGACAGCGCGGCUUCGCAGCUAUUCCGUGAAGCCUGCACGUGAGGGAAAACCUCUGCCUUUUGUCUUUUGUGAUACCAUGGGACUUGAGCCAGAGCAGGGGGCGGGGCUAAAUCCUGAUGAUAUCAGUAACAUCAUCAGUGGUAACAUACCUGACCGUUAUCAGUUCAACCCCUCUGUUCCUUUGAAACCUGAAGCUUACGGUUUUUGCAAAAAUCCAGAACUCAAAGACAAGAUCCACUGUGUGGCUUAUGUCAUAGAUGCCAGCAAGAUCUCCAUCAUGCACCAAAAUAUGAAGACAAAGCUGAACGCCAUCUGUAAAAAGAUCAACUUUUCAGUGAUCCCUCAGCUGGUGUUGCUCACUAAAAUAGAUGAAGCCUGCCCUCUGGUGAAAGAAGAUAUCACAAAAGUCUACAAGAGCACGUACAUCAAGGAAUUAAUGCAGGAGGCUGCCAGUUUUAUCGGUGUAUCUUUGUCCUGCGUUGUUCCAGUGAAGAACUACAGUGAGGAGCUGGAAUUAGACAUGAACAUCGACAUCCUGCUGCUCCAUGCAGUUGUUCAGAUGCUUCGCCUUGUGGAUGACUUCUUUGAUGAGCCCAGAGACUGAAUGAGCAGUACUGCAGACUUUUGGCUGCUACCAUCAGAGGUCACUGUAACCAAUCAUUGGUCUGAUCUAUUCCUACUCUCUUUAAGCUUCUUGCUUGAAGCAACAAUCCUUAUGUUAUUCUUAAACAUCCAUGUGUCUACUUUUUGGCCUUCCUCACUCUUUCCUUCAGUUAGGAGUUGAAUUUAAAGGGGAGUUUUAGACUUAUUUUUAGUGGAGAAAGUUAUUAACAUAAUUGUGCAUUUUGUGGUACUAGCACCAAAUCUGAUAUCUGGCUACAGAAAAGCACUUCAGCCAUGAGAAAAUCCAAGAUAAAUAUAUAAUAUAGUAUUCUUUAGAUACCCCUCAAGUUUAAGGACUGUAUUUUGUUUCAACAGACCACAGUAUUGAGACUAGAGCAAAAAUACAACGGAUAUUUCUUUAACAGUUGAAUGUAAGGCUGCCUUCCUUGCAAAUGACCGUGAUUUUAUAUUUUCUCUUUUUUUCCACAUUUUAUGAGUCAUAACACAGCAACUUCAACAAUAUUACUUACAUUUUUCUUGUGAUUAUAAGAGGCUGAAUUGUAUGACUUUUUGCUAUAACCUACAUCUACAACAACAAACACACAAAAUAAAACAACAUCGUAACUUAACAAUAAACACAACUACUCUUAACUAAUAUCUAAAACUGUUACAGCAAUCCUGAAAAAAACUGUAAUGUGACGUCCUACAAUUUUAAGCAGUUGGAAUCAAAAAUCUGUUGGAUCAUCUUAGGUCUAGAUUUUUAAUAUAAUUGAUAAAAGGUCCCCAAAUUUCCUCAAACAGGUGUUGUUUGGUUUUGUGAAUAUACAUUAUUCUCUUUCUAAGGGAAGGCAAUAUAACAAUUGCUUAAGCUAUCUGAUCCAUUAGAUAUCAACAGGUUAUAAAGGUCUGAAAUAAUGCCUUUUCUUAUUUUGUUUUUAAUCAUUAGCGUUUCUAACUGUGAGAGAGGUACUUUGUUAAGAUUCUUUUGGUUUGUGCUCACAAAACUUCUUAACUUAAGAUAUUUAAGGUACUGUUUUUUUUUUUUUAAUCACGAUUGAAGGUAGAUUUUAGUUCCCCAAAGGAUAUAAAAGUGUUUGACAGUGAUGGAUACAGAUUAUUAAUUGUUUUAAGUCAUUUGGAUGCCCACAUUUUAAAUGUUGCAUCUGAUCUUCCUGGCACAAAGAGCUGAUUACCCCAGAUUUGGCUAAAGUGUGACAAAGGGUUUUCAUCUUUUAAGUAUUUUUUGACAUCGUACCAGACCUUCAUCAUGUGCUUCAAGAAGGGGUUUUUGGUUUGUUUUUGCAGAAUAUAUGAAUGAAGGUAAAGGUAUAUUUAAAUUGUGGGAUUUGAUUUCUACCCAGUGUGGGUUAUUCUCAUUAGAGAAAUAAAACAUAACAGAGUGCAGUUGUGUGGCCGAAAAGUAAAACUCAAAGUUAGGGAAUUUUAGCCCCCCUCGAUCAAAUGAUAAAUAGAACAAGGUAAGACGGAGUCUGGGUUUUCUGUUGUUCUAAAUAAAGGUUACUGUAAUUUUCUUUAACCAAGCAAAUAAUUCUGGAGGGGGUUCCAAAGGGAUAUUUUGGAAUAAAUAUGAUAGUUUAGGCAAUAUAUUCAUUUUCAGAAUACUAAUUCUUCCCAGUAUAGUUAUGGACAGCCUCAUCCACCUAUCUAUUGAGUCUUUGAUUUUUUUCUUUUAAACAAUCAUAUUUAAGUUUGACAACUUGAUCCAGCUGUGGCACAAUUAUGAUUCCAAAGUAUUCAAAAAAUGUUCUACUACUUUGAAGCGAGAUGUUUUUGAAGUGGAGUUUUGCCUUUCCAUAGAAUUUAACAUUAAAAUUGAGUAUUUUGAAUUAUUCACUUUAUAUCCGGAUAUAGAUUUUGUGUUCCGCAGGCCCUACUGUAAUUCCAGUUAUCUGCGUGUGUGCACGAAUUGCUGCUGCGAGGGGUUCUAUUGAUAAAAUAAAAAGCAAAGGAGAGACGGGACAUCCUUGAUGACAUCCUCUCUUAAUUUAGAUUGGCUUUGAAAAAAUUCUAUUUGUCAAGACUUCUGCUGUUGAGUUUUUAUAUAAUAUCUUGAUCUACUUUAUAAAGUUGGAUCCACAUCCAAACCUUUCUAAGAUUCUGAACAGAUAUGGCCAUUCAACCCUAUCGAAAGCUUUUUUUGCGUCCAACGAUAGGAGCGCAUGUAUCUUUGUUUUCUCUCUUGUGGUAGAUUACAUUCAAGACUCUUCGCACAUUGUGAGACCCUAGUCUUCCAGCAACAAAACCAUUCUGAUCUAUAUUUAUUAUAUGUGGCAGAAUUUUUUUUGAAGCCGUCUUGCUAACAAUUUGCAAAUAAUUUUAAGAUCAGAAUUCAGUAAACUGAUAGGUCUCAUAUUUUCCCAUUUAUUGGAUGGUUUACCUGGUUUUGGCAGUAAAGUAAUUAGGGCUUGAUUGAUGAAGGGCAGAAGACAGUCUUUUUCAAAUGUCUCUGUGAACAUUUCCAGGGGUUUGCAAUUUAUCCUUAAACUUUUUAUAUAUUUCAAUUGGAAUACCACCUGGGCCUGGACUUUUUCCUGAUUUCAUAUUGUCAAUAGUUUGAGUGAUUUCUACAUUAUUAAACUUUAAAUUUAAAUUUGUUCUAUUUUCAUUUGAGUUGUUGGAAUAUUCAAAUUAGUUAGAAAACUAUUGAUGUCAUUUGGAUUGCAGUUCCCUUGUGCAUCAUACAGCUUCUGAUAGUACUCUCUGAAAGCAUCAUCGAUAUCUUUCAGAUUUACUAUUUUUUUUUUCAUUUUGUAUAAUUGAUGUGAUAGAGGUUUUAGUUUCCAGUUGUUUAAUUUGCCAUCCUAAUAAUUUCCCAGCCUUGUCUCCUUGCUCAUAGAGUAUUUGUUUUAAUCUUAACAGACUCGAUGCAGACCUGUUACUGGACUGUUUGUCAUAUUCUGCUCUUAGGAGUAAUAACUCCUUUUCUACUUCUGGAUCCUUCUUUUCAAAAACUUUUUGUUGUAUGCAUUUUAUUUUGUUUUCUAAUUGUGAAAGAUUCUGUUUUUCUUUCUUAUUUUUAUAGCUUGUGUAGCUAAUUAUUUUCCUUCUAAGAAACACCAUAAAGGA